AUGUCUCCAUAUCCGAUUAAACUUUAUCACAGAUGGGGAAAUUUUAUCCUUUGGGGAAUUGUUGUUGAUAUUGGAAUAAUAUAUGCAUCAUGCAAUAAAUGUCAAAGAAGAACAAAUAUACAUGGGAAUAUAAUGACGUUUGUAGUCAUAAAUAGCUUCUUAGCAUCCUUAGCUUAUUGUUAUUUAAAACCAUAUAAUUAUUAAUAUGAUAAUUAUUCAAAACUAAACGAAUAUAAAUAAUUUCAUUUGGUAAUUGGAACAGCCAUGAUGUUAAUAAUGAUUAUAUUGUCAUUAUUUGGUUAUUUUGUUAAAUAUUAAUUAGGAAAUUCAGAAGGAAAUAAAAAUAUAAUAUAUUAUAAAAAAAUACAUUCUGUUCUUGGACAAAUAACGUAUUUAAUAGGAAAAGUGGAAUCGUUUAUUGGAAUGUUUAUGUCAUACAGAACUGAAGAAUGGUUCACUUUCAUUUGGAUUACUUAUAUGGUUGUGAUCAUUUUUAGAAUCACUUUUGAAUGGGUCAUUCCCAUAUUAAAAUCAACUAAAAUAGAUAUAAUUUCUGAGGAUUAAUAAAAAUUAAUUACUUAUGAGAGUUUAUCUGAAAAUCUAUUAAAUAAAUAAUGGUUCAUAUUUUAAAAUUAAGUCUAUUGUUUGGAUUAAAAUUUUAUACAUCCUGGUGGUCAAAUCAUAUGGAAACAUAUUAAAAAUAUAGAAAUAAGCUAAUAUUUUUAUGGAAUCUCAUAACUUCCUGGUACAAAUAUUCUACACUAUCAUUCAAAAUAUGCUUAAGAAUAAUUUAAUGGUCAUUAUUAUGGAACUUUAUGUAAUUAGAUUCCUUUUCCAAUCAAUCAGAAUACAAGAUGGGAGUUGAAGAAUUCAUGUAAAAUAACUGAAACGGUAAGUAAUUUUCAAUUCUAACAUCCAGAAAUAGAAUUUGAGAUCAAUCUCAAUAAAAUAACACCCAAUCAUUUUGUGUUCAAGAGUAUAACUGAUAAAAAGGUUCCUACACGUCUUUAUACUUAUAUUUAAUGUAUGUAAAAACCUGCUGUUGAAUAUAUGCAAAGUCUUAGUGAUUUGUAUGAUAAAAAAGAGAAUAUUAGAUUUACAAAUAAUUUUAAAUCUACCUCUCUUUCCUUUUUUAUAAAAUACUAUGACACUCCUCAUGGUUUUAGUAAAUAUAUCACAAAAUAAAAUCCUGAAAUGAUCGAUUUAAAGGGACCUUAUCAAACAGUGUUCAAAGAUUAUUUAAAAGAAGGAUAAAUCAUUUUGAUUUGUGGAGGAACAGGAAUAUUGCCCUUUUUGGAUUUACUAAAUUAUCAUUUAUUAAUGUGUUAUAAUGAAUUAAUUAAAAAUCCAAAUCUAUUAAAAGUUUAAAGUAUGAAUAGGUAUAUCACAUUAUUCUAUUCAGUUAAAGCUGAAGAAGAAUUGCUUGGAGAUUCUAUAUUUUUAAAAUUAAGGGAAUUAUAAAAUCAUUUAAAGAAAUAAAAUUUUACGUUAAUUUUAAGGUGUAGAAAAUAAAUUGAAAAAUGUGAGACAACUAAAAAUAGAUUCACAAGAGAGUUUAUUGAAAAACAAUACAAAUGUGAUACAAAGUAGAUAUUUGUUUGUGGUCCUCAUAUACUAAGAAAUAGUAUAGAAAAAGAGUUUAGAGAUAUGGAGAAUGAAAUUAUAUAUUUAUGA